AUGGGACAACCAACAGCAGUACAAACCCCGACAGAGACGGAUACUAGCCCCAAAAGCAAGGCCGCUCGCAUGGAAGAAUGGUCUCAGCUGCCCCUUCGAGAAUGGCCCGAUAUGGAGCGCUGGCUGACGGUCAUGUCCGAUCGGUUCACCAUUGAGCAGCCAAGUGAGGCGGUUUCAGAUACAUCGGGACAAGGCUACGCGAUUCCCAUCACUCCCACCCACGAUAAACAGCAGACUUUGAGAGAUCAGCCUCAUUCCGAACUAGUCUCAUAUGCAUGGCCACCCAGGAACAAUAGGGUCAGUUCGGGGAGUUCAUACAAUGCUCAUCAGCCCCAUCCUGAUGUGUUUGCUUCGCCGGUUUAUUUUGGACACCAGGUCGCGGUGGAACCCGAACCCGUGCCGUCUGUAGAUGGUUGCCGAGAUGGAAUAACUGGCGAGGAUGCUGUGGAUAUUUCGAAUGCAAGAGCUGGGGAGGAGACGGGGCCGAGCAAAGCUGAGGAGCUGUCAUACAAUAACCCGAGUCUUUACUUUUGA